AUGCUGGUCGACGGCCUGUGUUUCAUUAAGGGUAACAGGCUAUAUCUCCUACAUGUCAUUCAAACAUUUCAAUACAUAUUUGAUACUCCUACUCCUCCUCCUCCUCCUCCUCCUCCUCCUCCUCCUCCUACUACUACUACUACUACUACUACUACUACUACUACUACUACUACUACUACUACUACUACUACUACUACUACUACUACUACUACUACUACUACUACUACUACUACUACUACUACUACUACUACUACUACUACUACUACUACUACUACUACUACUACUACUACUACUACUACUACUACUACUACUACUACUACUACUACUACUACUACUACUACUACUACUACUACUACUACUACUACUACUACUACUACUACUACUACUACUACUACUACUACUACUACUACUACUACUACUACUACUACUACUACUACUACUACUACUACUACUACUACUACUACUACUACUACUACUACUACUACUACUACUACUACUACUACUACUACUACUACUACUACUACUACUACUACUACUACUACUACUACUACUACUACUACUACUACUACUACUACUACUACUACUACUACUACUACUACUACUACUACUACUACUACUACUACUACUACUACUACUACUACUACUACUACUACUACUACUACUACUACUACUACUACUACUACUACUACUACUACUACUACUACUACUACUACUACUACUACUACUACUACUACUACUACUACUACUACUACUACUACUACUACUACUACUACUACUACUACUACUACUACUACUACUACUACUACUACUACUACUACUACUACUACUACUACUACUACUACUACUACUACUACUACUACUACUACUACCAAUAAUAAUAAUAAUAAUAAUAAUAAUAAUAAUAAUAAUAACAAUAAUGUUUUUGACAGUUAUAACAAAUUAGAACAUUUGUUAAGCGCUCACGUCGUAGGUUCUCUAGCAAGAAACAUUACAAAUUGUACAAUUGGAUAAUUUCACAAACCAUAAAGAGAUGAAUUGGUCUAAUAUUGGACAACGUAGGUUAAAUGAAUAUUCAUUCAUGUACAAUAAAAGUACAAUAAUAAUAAUCAUAACAACAGUUAUCUAUGAAUAGGAAAAUUGGUCUUAUCUAAAAUUGGAAGCCGUAGACGGUCGUUUCGUUCUAGUGUAAGAUUCACUAGCUAUACAAUCAUCAACCCUCAGUACAGUAAUCGAACUCACAACCUUAGAUCUCAUAUGCAAACGCCUAACAUCUGGACAUCUAAAUCUCUUUUGAUAGGAUGAAUGAAACAGAAUCCAUUUUAAUGAAAAGGUCAAUCAAUGGCAAUCAGAAUUCGUUUAAGGAUCAAGUUCAGUUCAUCGGGUCAUUGAAUCAAUUUCCUAAGGUUAGAAUGGUAUAUAUAUAUGGAUGUGUAUUUAUACAUUUCAUUCGGUAGUCCAAUACACUUUCUCACCUACUCUUUUGUUUUCGCUCAAGUGGUCAGUUGAGGGGGUUAAGGCUAAGUAUACCAUGUCUCAGUAUUAGACUUCGAACACUGCACGUCAUAACAUCCUUUAUGUAGUAAAAUUGGUCAUUGAAAAUGAAUCCAUCCAAUAAUUUAUGAUCAUAUCAAACAUGAUCUAAAAACCCAAUAUAAAAGAGAGGAUCUUGACUUUUGAACAUACAGUACUGAAGUGUUUACGGUAAUAAUUGAUGUAUCCGAUUCUAAAUUCUCACCUGAACAAUAGAUUGAAGCAGUUAACCAAUUUCUGAAUUAAAUAUUCAUCAUUGAAAGCAACAACGUAUGAACCCCCUUCAUGGUUCCUGUACAGUUGAUCAAUAAAUGUUUAUUACUGAUCAAUAAAUUGAUUGAUCACUGGGUAAUGAUCAAUGUUAUGUACGUCAGAUCCUCCUUAGUUGAGAUAGAAUCCUAUGGAUCAAAGUUGUAAUGUGUCUGUAGUAAACGAGAACACAAGUAGGGACCAUCGAAUUAUAGACUGUCUCAUUAAAAUCUGUGAACUAUAUAGUAAAUACAUCAUUUGCGAAAUAUCAAUCCAUUGUCUCAAACUUGAUUGUUUCCUUUUGUAAAUAUCAGUCCAUCGUCUCAGAAUUCAUUGUUCUUGCAUUUUCAUAUCAGUUACUUUCUUUUCCCAUUUUUUCCUCUUCGAUCUUCUUUAGAUUCUACUGCCAGUGUUAUAUACUACUUAUGUUGAUAUAAGUAGCACACACCAUAUGGUCACUAGUCUAGAUCAAUCGACAUUGCGUUCACUGUUGACUACCUCCAACCACCAUCUUAUAUCUUAUUUUAAAUUAUUACAGUUCCUUUUCAAAAGCAAACUUAUGAGAUACACUCACGUUGUGGUUGUUGUAAUUCUGUAUAAUGCAGAUUUUAGAUAACCUCAGAAAUGUUGAAUUACGGAAUUGAGAAACAUUGGAAUAUACUUAAUAACAUUCAUGAUAAGACCAAUCAGUCCAGUCAGCUACAAUGUAGGGCCAAGCAUACAUAUGCAUCAGUCCAAGUUGUCAUACCUCAUUAGUACAGCACACACAGUCUCCAAACAUUGUUUACGAUAGUCAAAUGGACCCCAACCAAGUAGUCUGCAUUUAUCACCAUGGCUCAGAUUAGAAGUUAGUGACUUCAAGGAUUGAUGUCACAUUUUUGGUUCGGCCGCCCCUAACUUUCUUCCAACAGUCUCCAACACUAGUCAACAUUGCACAUCAAUGUCAGGCAGUCAGCUACAUCGUAGGAACAGGCACAUAUACACAUUGGUCCAAGUGACCAUACCACAUGAGCACAACAAGAUGAGCCACAAAUUCAUAGAAGUAGUUAAUUUAAUGGUAGUAAAUAUGUAUAUAUUACCUACGCCAUUGUGAUCGACUCUUAUCCAUAUCACCCAAUGUUAUUAGGUGUUGGCGUGGAAGUAUAUCAACGACUAAUAACAUUGUAUCUAAAAGAUCAAGUCAUCACAAUACAUAUAAAUAGUAGUUUUUAUAAUUAGAACCCAUUUAUAAGUAUCGUAUAUACACAGGAAUGUGAUAGAAAAUGAUAUAAAUAAAGUCAUAAGUAACAUUUCUUCUUAACAAUGCAUAACAUACUCCCAAGUUGGUUCCACC